AUGGCCUGCUCGCGGCAAUCGAAUCUGAAUCUCUUAAAUCCACCAUAUUCACGUUUCUUCGUCCCUGCUUCCAUGAUUUGUCGAUUGAGUAUCGUCAAACGUGAACUGAAACAAGCGAUUGAGUCCGAGAAUGCGAAUGUGGAUGACCACUCGCAUAAUCGCUUGAAUGAAGAUUUGCUGAUUGAUCGAUGUGUGGACAUCGCUGUGGGUGCUGUUGGAACCUCGUCGGCUCUUCACCUCAUCGGAACCGCAUACUUCAUCUAUAAAAAACAAUGCAUGAUGAGCGAUCGUGAUCGAGAGAGAGCUGCCAGGAAGCAUUUCGCAUUGAAAUAUUUAAGUGAUCAAUUGAGUCCUGAAGAUCGUAUAUUCUGUUACAUUAUGUUCAAAUUACCGAGUGCAGUCACAAUCCAAACGAAAAUGAUUCGUGAGACAAUUAUGAAAACAAAGUGUGCGGAUUUGAUGCAAUGGCGUGAUAGCACUUAUUCAACAGUUACAUCGAUCCCUUGUAUUGAACUGCACAUCAAGAUUGUACUUCAGCAUCUGUAUAUCGCAUCGUUCAGAUCUUUAUUGCACGACAGAUUUCGUUUGAUCAAGGAGAAGGAUAUAGAAUGCAUAGUGAUCUAUUCAGAGUUCAGUGAUUUUGGUUUUGAUGUGAGAAAGGCGUUGACUUUAUUUGAUAAGGAUGCGAUUUUGGUGGUUAAUAUGCCGUCGAUAACAUCGAUACCACUUGAUGUUUUCGUUCAGAUCCAUAGGUGGCGCACGAAAGAACAACGCGUAUGUGUGGCAUGCGAUACAGAUGGAUUAACAGUGUCAGGUCUGUUGACUGCACAUUACUUAGCACUCAUAACCAAAUACUCAGUUAAUGAAACGAUAAAGGCAAUCAAACUCAUCCAUAGAUCUUUUGUUCCUGAGCCGCAAUUCGAGCAUGAAUUGUGUGAUUUUGAGUUACUGGAUGAACAAAGGAACCAAUUAGCACUUCAAGUGUUGACAUCAAGUUCAAUGAAAAUGUUUGAUGAAAGAAUGAUACAUAAUUUGUUAUANNNNUGUUAUUGUGGUAAGGAGUAG